AUGCCAUUCCUUAAUCUGCCAGACUUCGCCGACAAACCGUAUGGAAAUGUCUUGCUUUUCGCACCUGAUGAACAACCAAAGAGACCGCCGGCUGCUGUACCCCCAGCGACUGCUGCAACAGCCACGAUCAUUCCCACGUCAUUGUCACAGUACCAGCAGAGGAUGAGGGCGGGUACGCAGGCGCCGAACGCGAAUGUCUCAUUGAAACAACAACCUGCUUCUUUUUCCGUCAGUGGCCUCUCACCCGAGGCACUCCGCGAGCUCAUCAGCUCACCCAAGGUAAAAUUGGGUGUGCCUGAUGUGACGAGUGAUGCUGUCCCUCCGUCGCCAGCCCGAGCUCUGUUGGGCGGAUCGGUUGUUUCCACCCCCGAUGCCGCUCCUCAUGCUCCUAUUUGCACCAGCAGCGACUACAUUCUUGAUCCCCCGUUGAGAGUGUUGCAGGAGUUCACAGUCCAGCAACUGCAAGGUGUACAUGACUUCAGUGUUUAUCGCCGUGAUGGCAAGUGCUCGGUACGUUUUCUUGAGCCUGUUAACCUCGUUCGAUGCGAUGUAUCUGAUGUUUUGGCCCUUCGCCAGAACGGUGAGGUGAAAUUUUACCCAGAUACUGCCGUGCCACCUCCUCUUGGGAACGGUCUUCACGUGCGAGCACGCGUCACUGUAAACGGUGUUGUUGGUAUGACGGCUGCCGAGCUCCGUGAGCGUUGCCACAAGGAGGGUAUUAUUUUUGACUCGUAUGACACGACGACAGGGACGUGGGUAUACACUGCCAACGUGGAUGAUGGUGAUUUAGCAGACGAGGAUGGGUAUCUGCCGGAGAUUGAGCGGCUAUCAACCUACGGCGAGUCCUUGGAUGGUGUGGUGUACACUCCAGCCCCCCUUGACACGAGUGGUUGGUCACAGCGGGCAACGCCGGUGCCGCCGCCCCCGGCACUGCACACGAAGGCCCUGCCACCCGCAUCGCUUGCUCGAGUUUCCUCCCGCCCGGAUCAGUCGUCUGUGUUGCCAGUGCGCACUCACGAGGUGUCAGUGCGAGGCCAGGUGGCGCACUACGAUGUGAGCAAUGAGACUCCUGCAGCCACGGAUUUUGAGCUGCCGUACGAUCUGCCCGACAUUCACGAGGCGGCGCCCCGUGAGCGGAAGGGUGUACUUGUGAUGAAGGAGCCGCACGCAGAGACGUACGCUCCGGUGUACGUUGUGGAAAAGGAGAGGUCAAAAAUGUACGAGGUCAAUGCUAGCAUUGUUUCACAGAGUACAAUGGCAGGAUUAGCUCGGAGCUUUCGCUGCGGCUGGCUCGUGGGUGGAUGUCUCGCUGCUCCUACGUUUGCAUGGCUGCGCGAUGGGACCGAGGGAAAACAAGUUGUGGAGGAGGUUCGUGGGGCAAAUGUGAUCGUGGCAAAUCCCUUUUUUGCUCACGCGUCACGCGAUCACUACCUGCAGAGCUGCGCCAUAUCAGUGCUGCGUACCGUGUGCCGCUACCUCCACCUUGUGGAGGGGACCGCCAACCAUUCUGAUCACUUCUCGCUGGCUGCCGUAAACCUGUCUCGCCAAGAUAGCAGUGUGUCGCUCUCGAAGGAGAAGUUACGUGAGCUUGUGGUGGCGAUUGACGCGGUGCGGAGUGAGCGGGUUUCGGAGAUGGAGGCUUCGACGACACGGCAAGCGAAGACAGUGCUGAACCUUCUUGAUGCCCUCUACGGUCUGCCUGAAGCAGACAAGGCUGAGAGUAACGCAAUCGCCGAGACGCGAUACCUCACGCAGCUCCGACGGCGCAACCUCAACGCGUGGCUCAAAGGAGAACUGUCGUUUAUGGACACGUGGGCGCAGGAGAAGCUGGAGAUGAACGCCACGCAGCAGCUGCUUUGCAAGUUGCUCUGUCGUAAUUUAAGAGAGGCGGUGCCCAUCGCAAAGGCUGCAGGUGGCGCAGAGCUCUCGCGUGUGCUCGGUAUUUGUGGGGACGGGAAUCAGUUCGGCAGCUACGUCAAAACUGCCGACACGGACCGCUUGGAUGCGGAUGUGAACGUCCGCGAUCGUGUCGUCAGCCUGUUGUCUGGUAUUGUGGAGCCGUUUAUUGCUCACCCGGUGUACGUGCGCUCACGCGAUGGUGCAGCUGUUGCCGUAGUCCCAUUGACCGCGACGUGGAAACAGCUGCUGGGUAUCUUCGCUUUCUACGGCUGCACGCCGGACACAUCCGCGGAGGACAUCAUUGACGCGUUCCUCGAGCGGCUGCGCGCACCGGCCUCGCGACAGGAGAACGCGUUCCCGCCAUAUGCUGACCGCAUCCCACAAGACAUGCUGAACACAGCGCGUGGGCAGGACUUCCUCGCUCGCGGAGACGAGUUCCAGGAUGCGGCGCUGAGCAUUUUGGAGGGAUUCGCGAAAGGGCUUGCGCCUGCUUCUAGUGCACUGCACCCACACGCCUCAAGCUACUGCGCAACGGACUACUUGACGCCGUUUCUGAUCCUCGUCGCGGUGCGUGCGCUGAAGCUACAACGGACGGUGGCCUACAGGGACGCGGAGACAAAGGUGCUCCUCGGUUUUACGGCGGCGUUGGAGUGCCUCACAGAGUCCUGGUUUUGGGCGCUCCUUCCUCUCCACAUGAUAGAAGACACAAUCUGUCGUAAGUUGGCAGUGGAGAGCCAUCUUCGUCGAAAUGCCUACCGCUUCAAAAAUAGCACAUGCAGCAGCAAUGCUGACUACAAGCACAUCAUGGAGCUCCUGAAGGUGGACGUGCUGUUGCUUGAGCCUGAACGGCCGCCGGAGGAGGCCCGACUGGAGGCUCCUCCAAAUGCCCCCAGCAUUCGGACCCACACCUCACUCCAGGACGCACUCAGCAGGUUCAGUCGUGGCUUCUCCACUCAAUAG